AUGUCGCUCGAAAUUCCCUUGAUGAGCACAGAUGAGGUGAUUGAGCUGGAUCCAGAACAACUACCAUCCGGUGAUGAAGUCCUUAGUAUAUUACAGCAAGAACGUUCACAACUUAAUGUUUGGAUCAAUGUUGCAUUGGCAUAUUAUAAACAAAAGAAAAUCGAUGACUUCCUUAAGAUCUUGGAGGCAUCCAGAGUGGAUGCUAACAUUGAUUAUAGAGAUUUUGAGAGAGACCAAAUGCGGGCACUAGACAUGUUGGCAGCAUACUAUGUACAGGAAGCUAAUAAGGAGAAAUUAAAGGACAAAAAGAAGGAGCUAUUUACUAAAGCAACUCUAGGUGCUCUUGCAUUUUAUAAAAAAGCACUCAGAACUAAUCCUGAUAGCCCAGCCGCUCUGCGUCUUGGAAUGGGCCACUGUUUCAUGAAAUUGAACAAUCAAGAAAAAGCCAGGAUGGCUUUUGAGAGGGCACUCCAACUGGACCCUCAAUGUGUAGGUGCUUUAGUAGGUCUGUCUAUUUUGAAGCUGAAUCUACAAGAGAAUGAAUCUAACAAAAUGGCAGUCAUCAUGCUGUCUAAAGCGUAUGCCAUCGACCCUAAAAACCCUAUGGUUUUGAAUCAUCUGGCGAAUCACUUCUUCUUCAAGAAGGAUUAUGGAAAGGUGUUACAUUUAGCAAUGCACGCCUUUCACAAUACGGAGAAUGAGGCAAUGCGAGCAGAGAGCUGCCACCAUCUCGCCCGUGCGUUCCACGCUCAGGGCGAUUGCGAUCAAGCCUUCCAAUAUUAUUAUCAGGCAACACAGUUUGCCCCACCCAACUUCGUUUUACCACAUUACGGACUUGGACAGAUGUAUAUUUACAGGGGGGAUACCGAAAAUGCGGCGCAAUGCUUCGAGAAGGUUCUGAAAGCGCAGCCGGGCAAUUACGAAACGAUGAAGAUUCUGGGCUCGCUCUACGCAAACUCCCCGUCGCAGUCGAAACGCGACAUAGCACGUCAGCACCUGAAGAAGGUCACCGAGCAGUUUCCGGACGAUGUCGAGGCGUGGAUCGAGCUGGCGCAGAUAUUGGAACAGAAUGAUUUACAGGGCUCUCUAAACGCCUACAGCACUGCGAUGAAAAUCCUGAAGGAGAAAGUGAACGCAGACAUACCGGCGGAAAUAUUAAAUAACGUGGCGGCGCUCCAUUACAGGCUGGGAAAUUUGGACGAGGCCAAAAAAUAUUUGGAAGAAGCGUUGGAAAGAGAAAAAGCCGACGCGAAAACUCUGGACGCCCAGUACUACAAUUCCAUUGCGGUCACAACUAUGUACAACUUGGCGAGGCUGAACGAGGCGUUGUGCAUCUAUAACAAGGCGGAGAAAUUGUACAAGGACAUCUUGAAAGAGCAUCCGAAUUACAUCGACUGCUAUUUGAGGUUGGGAUGCAUGGCCCGGGACAAGGGGCGGAUAUACGACGCGUCGGACUGGUUCAAGGAGGCGCUGAAGGUGAACACCGAGCACCCUGACACGUGGUCGCUGCUGGGCAACCUGCACCUGGCGCAGCAGGAGUGGGGCCCCGGCCAGAAGAAGUUCGAGAGGAUCCUGCAGAACUCCGCCACCUCCACGGACGCCUACUCUUUGAUAGCGCUCGGCAAUGUGUGGCUCCAGACACUCCAUCAGCCGUGUCGGGAGAAAGACAGGGAGAAGAGACAUCAAGAGCGUGCCCUCACUAUGUAUAAGCAGGUGCUGAAAAACGAUCCCAAAAAUAUUUGGGCCGCAAACGGGAUCGGAUGUGUUUUGGCGCACAAGGGUUGCGUUAACGAAGCUCGCGACAUUUUCGCCCAAGUGCGCGAGGCGACCGCCGACUUUCCAGACGUUUGGAUGAACAUAGCCCACAUCUACGUGGAACAGAAGCAGUACAUAAACGCUAUCCAGAUGUACGAGAACUGCAUCCGCAAGUUCCGGAUGCAGCACGACGAGGAGUGGCUGACGUGGCUGGCGCGCGCGCACAGCCUGGCGGGGCGGCCGAAGGCGGCGCGCGCCGCGCUGCUGCGCGCCCGCCGCGUGGCGCCGCACGACGCCGCGCUGCUCUACAACGCGGCGCUCGCGCUGCGCCGCCUCGCCGCGCACGUGCUCAAGGACGAGCGCAGCGAGCUGGCGGUCGUGCUGCGCGCCGUGCACGAGCUGCAGGUCUCGCACCGCUACUUCCUGCGGCUGUCGACGUCGACGGGCGAGGGCCCGGAGCGGGCGCGCUACGAGGCGGCCGCGGCGGCGGCGGAGGCGCGCACCUGCGGCGACCUGCUCUCGCAGGCGCAGUGGCACGUGGCGCGCGCGCGCCGCCAGCACGACGAGGAGCUCACGCUGCGCGACCGCCAGCGCGAGCAGCGCGAGGCCUUCCGCAGGCAGCAGGAGGAGGAGAGGAAGCGGCGCGAGGAGGAGCAGCAGAAGAGCACGGUGGAGAUGCUGCAGAAGCGGCAGGAGUUCAAGGAGAAGACGAAGAACGCGCUCGUGUUCGCUGAGAUGCCGCAGGAGGGGAAGUCCCGCGGCAGGGGGCGAAGGCGCGACGAGUACGUCUCCGACUCGCCAGGCAGCGGCAGCGAGGGGCCGAGGGAAGAACGCGGUGAAGCCAAACAACGCAAGAACCGGAAGAAAGAGGGCGGCGAAGGCAAAAAGGGGAAAUCCCGCAAGCGGCGGGAUCAGCGCGGAAGUGGCACCGACAGCGACCCGCCCACAAAGCGCGGCAGGAAAAAGGGCGAGAAGGGCAUCGGCAAACGCGAGAAGGCGCGCGCCAGGGCCGCCGAGGAGAAGCUCAGCGCGAAGCAGCGCAUGAAGAUCGUCUCCAAGGAGACCAUCUCCACCUCCGAGUCGGACUCGGACGCGUCCCGGAAGUCGCGCAGCCGCAGCCGCAGCCGCAGCGGAAGCGGAAGCCGCAGCGGAAGCGGAAGCCGCAGUCGCAGCGGAAGCGGCAGCCGCAGCCGCAGCCCGCCCGCGGCCAAGGCGCGCAAGAGGAUCGUCUCCGCCUCGGACAGCGACCGAUCUCGGUCGAAGAGCCGCUCGAAAUCGCGCAGCCCUUCGCGUCGGGCUCGGCGAAGAGUCGUUCCCGCUCGAAGAGCCGCUCCCGCGCCAAGAGUGGCUCCCGCUCGAAGAGUCGAUCUCGGUCUAAGAGCCAGUCGAGGUCGAAGAGCCGGUCGCGCUCUAAGAGCGGGUCGAGGUCCAAGAGCCCGUCGAGGUCACGCUCAAGGUCGAAGAGCAGAUCCCGCUCCAAGUCGAAGAGCCGGUCGCGGUCGCGCUCGCGCUCGAAGAGCGGCUCGAGGAGUCGCUCGGGAUCGCGCUCCGGCGGCUCCCGGUCCAAAUCCCGGUCCCGGUCCAGAUCCCGGUCGAGAUCCCGGUCCGGAUCGAGACCGGAGACGCCCGUCUCGAGGAAGUCCGUCUCCGCCAGCGAGGACGAGGCGUAGAGAAAAAGAAGCCGCCAAGAAUUCGCACCCCCCCUCCAAGGAGCUGUGCCUCGCCCUCGCACAGAGUUGUAGUACUUCUACCUUUGAAGGUAUAGAACUGGAACCUAAUAAUUUUGAUAUUGUAUUACUAAUAGACAAAUGCGAAUCUAAUGGUGUAAAAAAGAAGUAUGAUCCAACUAUUCCAUCAUCUAUUCAUCAUGAAUAUAGAAGUCUCAAAGUUGGAGAUUAUACAUGGGUGGCUAAAGACAUAAGUGAUAAAAACAAGGAGCUAGUGUUACCAUAUAUUGUUGAACGAAAACGAAUGGAUGACUUUGCAGCCAGUAUUAAAGAUGGAAGGUUUCAUGAACAAAAGUUUAGACUAAGAAGGAGUGGUAUAGAGAACAUUAUCUAUUUAGUUGAAAAUUAUGGAGGCAAUAAAAAUGUGGGAUUGCCAAUGCAGUCACUUAUGCAAGCAUUAGCAAACACUCGAAUGAUUGACAAUUUCACCGUCCACAUAACCAAGUCUUUGGCUUAUACCAUAAGAUUUUUGACAAUGAUGACUAAAAGAUUGGCUUGUAGAUAUAAGGAUAAAAUUUUGAAAGGCUGGAGUGCACCACCAGAAGGAGAUACACUGAUGACAUUUAAGUAUUUUAAUAAGUGUUCUGUCAAGAACAAAUCAUUAACUGUGAAGGAAACAUUUAUAAAAAUGUUGCUUCAGCUGAAAGGAGUUUCUGUGGAGAAAGCUGUUGCAAUAACCAAUCAGUAUAAAACUCCUCGUUCACUUAUUAAUGCCUAUAGGCUUUGUGAUCAGAAGGAAGGGUGGUUC